AUGGGCAAGAACAGCGGUGUUUGCAGUAGGAAUUCAAUCAACGAUGAAGAUUUUGAUGAAGAAGAAGUUCGGUCUUAUGAAAAAGAAGAUUCAUCAAGUCCCACAUCGAGGAAAAAUAGGGAGCCCUCCUCGAGUUAUUCAUCUGCAUGGCGGCUUCCAAGCGCAUCGAGAACAAUCCGAAGAGGAAGCAACUCAUCAUCGGCAGCAAGUCAUGAAACCGAGGUGACCGGGCAAUCAUCGGCUCCGUUGAACAUCCCCGAUUGGUCCAAGAUAUAUGGGAAGCAUGCGAACAUGGAACCAUCAAGAAACAAGUCAUGGGUUAAUAAAGGUGAUGAUGAUUAUGGUAUGGUGUAUGAGGAUGGAGAUAUGGUCCCUCCUCAUGAAUGGCUAGCUAGAGAGCUUGCAAGGACUCGAAUAUCUUCUUCCUCCGUUUGUGAAGGGGUAGGAAGGACACUUAAAGGCAGAGAUCUUAGCAAAGUCAGAAAUGCAGUUCUGACAAAAACAGGUUUCUUAGAGUAGUAAUGAUGCCGGCGCCGCCGCC